CUCACCGCCCUCCUCUCCCCCCACAGCACCAAACUGACAGACCGGAAGUGCGACCCCCGCCGAGGAAUCGAUGACCUUCGUUGCCCGGAAGGCUCCACCUGUGUCAAGGACGCUGAAGGUCAAGGCACGUGUUGCUACGGCCUCCCCGACCCCGCUGAUCCCAGUGACCCCCGUGACCCCAAUAACCUCCGUAACUCCGUGGUAGAAGACCCCAGAUGCCCAGGCGAAAACCGCUGCGGGAAAUGCCCAAAAGGACAGAGCUGCAAGAGAUUCGAACUGGAGUGCCUUGAGGCGCCGUGCCCGCACACCUACCGCUGCGCCCCUGCCGUCAAAGUGAAACCGGGACAUUGCCCCGCCAUCCCCACGUCCACCCCGCCGCCAUAUUGUCAGCGGAUUGUGCCGGAGAGAUUGUGCCAGACGGACUCCCAGUGUCCAGACAACCUCAAGUGUUGUAGGCCGACGUGUGGCGGCAGGACCUGUAUGAAGGCCAUUCUUGACCACUGA